AUGUCAGACUCGGUUAUUCUACAGUCUGCGGUACGUGUCCCGACUCCUCCUCCGGGGACCUUCUCGCCAACCGCUGGCGCUCGCAAACGCUCGCCUCCGUCACGGUCGCCCUCUCCCAAUCGUCGUCGUUCUCCACCCGCCAACUCAUACCGUGACGAAGACGAUGAUGCAGAAGUCCCCCAUAUGGACGAGCAACGCGCGCUCGAGCGUGAGCGUCAGCUCGCAGAGCGGGUUCGGGAGCAUGAGAAGCUGGAGGCCGCUCGCAAGCCUAUGACCGAGGAAGAGAAACAGGCGGCGGCCAAGGCCGAGUACGACAAAUUGUUGAACAUGCGAUCCGGUGGUACAUAUAUCCCUCCGGCCCGUCUUCGUGCUCUUCAGGCACAAAUUACCGAUAAAACGAGUAAGGAGUAUCAACGGAUGGCGUGGGAAGCGCUGAAGAAAUCUAUCAAUGGACUGAUCAACAAGGUCAAUGUCUCCAACAUCAAAUACAUCGUCCCAGAACUCUUCGGUGAGAACCUGGUGCGAGGCCGCGGUCUGUUCUGCCGGUCGAUCAUGAAGGCACAAGCUGCUAGCUUGCCUUUCACGCCCAUCUACGCGGCAAUGACUGCCAUCGUGAACACAAAAUUACCACAGGUUGGAGAAUUGCUGGUGUCGCGGUUGAUUGUUCAGUUCCGCAAAGCCUUCAAGCGCAAUGACAAGGCGGUUUGCAUUUCAUCCACGACGUUUAUUGCGCACCUCGUCAACUUCCAAGUCGCCAACGAGAUGCUUGUGGCGCAAAUCUUGCUCCUGCUGCUUCACAAGCCCACAGAUGACAGCGUGGAGAUUGCGGUGGGUUUGACGCGGGAAGUUGGUCAGCAUUUGGAAGAAAUGAACCCGCAGAUCGCGAAUGCCGUGUUCGACCAAUUCCGCAACAUUCUCCAUGAAGCCGACAUCGACAAGCGUGUGCAGUACAUGAUUGAGGUGUUGUUCCAAGUACGCAAGGAUCGCUACAAAGAUAACCCGGCCGUCAAGGAAGAGCUUGAUCUGGUGGAAGAAGAAGAUCAGAUCACCCAUCAGAUUGGCUUGGAUGAUGAGGUUGAAACGCUUGACACACUCAAUGUCUUCAAGUUCGAUGCUCAAUGGGAACAAAAUGAAGAAAAGUACAGGAGGUUGAAGGCCGAGAUUCUAGGCGAGGACAGUGAUGAAGACGACGAGGAUGAUGAAGAUGAGAGCGACGAUGAAGAGUCGGAUGCCGAGGAGCAAAAGAUGGACAUCAAGGAUCAAACCAACACGGAUCUGGUCAACCUUCGAAGGACCAUUUACCUGACAAUCAUGUCAAGUAUCGAUUUCGAGGAAUGUUGCCACAAGUUGAUGAAGAUCAAUCUCCCUGCUGGCAUGGAGCCCGAGUUGCCUUCGAUGAUCAUCGAAUGUUGUUCCCAGGAGCGCACAUACUCCAAGUUCUACGGUUUGAUUGGAGAGCGGUUUGCCAAAAUCAAUCGUCUUUGGUCAGACUUGUUCGAGGCUGCCUUUGCCAAAUAUUACGACACCAUUCACCGAUACGAGACAAAUCGCCUGCGAAACAUUGCACGAUUCUUUGGACACAUGCUCAGCAACGACGCGCUUGGCUGGCACGUUUUGUCCGUCAUCCACAUGAAUGAAGAGGAGACGACUUCCAGCAGCCGUAUCUUCAUCAAGAUUCUGUUCCAGGAUCUUGCAGAACACAUGGGUCUGACUGGCCUCCAAGCUCGCUUCAGAGAUGAGAUCUUGAAGCCCAGCUUCGAGGGUUUGUUCCCCACAGACAAUCCCCGCCACACUCGAUUCUCUAUCAACUACUUCACCAGUAUUGGUAUGGGUGUUUUGACGGAAGACAUGCGCGAGCAUCUCAAAAACAUUCCGCGACCUACCGUGCCCGCACUGCCUGCCCGUGGUUCUCGGUCACCCUCCGACCGAUCAUAUUCGAGAUCCUCAUCCUACACUCGGUCAUCUCGUUCUCGAUCCUACUCCCGCUCUCGAUCCCGAUCCUAUUCCUCUUCCCGCUCGCGGUCUCGCUCCUACACCCGCUCCCCCUCGCGUGGCCGUGAGCGCGCUCGCUCCUAUUCCCGUUCUAUCACCCCGUCGUCCCGUGGACGAAGCUACACGCCGUCACGUUCGCGCUCUCGGUCGCGCUCUCCUGUGCGUCGCAGCCGGCGAGACGCAUCCUACAGUCGGUCGCGUUCGCCGUCGCGAAGACUUUCGCGAACCCCUCCCCGACGCAGCCGCGCUCGCUCGUACUCCAAGAGCGGGAGUCGGAGUCCGGUGCGUCGAUCAGCCUCACGCUCGGUCUCGCCUCCGCGCCGAGGCCCAGCUGUAUCUAGUCGACGCGGUCGGAGCUAUUCCAGGUCAGCUUCUCGAUCUAUCACACCUCCGCGGCGCGAUUUGCCUGUGAAAAACGGACGGCGAUUAUCUGUCUCUGCAUCACCUCCACCACGUCGUGGCCGUGACGUCUCUUACUCUCGAUCACCAUCUCCGCUGCCCGCUAGAGCUCGGGAUGAGUCACGUGGUCGUUCUUACUCGCGGACUCCGCCGCGGCGUCGAUGA